AUGAAAGAGGCAGCGUAUGCUGAAGAGCUAAAGAUUCUUAAGGAUUUCAAGAACACCAAGAAUGAGUGGUAUGUGAAAGAAACAGGGAGAAGACGCAGAAAGGACACUCCUAUUGUUAAAAAGGUUGAAGGAUCUUCUUCACAACCAAAGAAGAAGCAAAAGAAAGCUGUGCAAACGUCUUUGAUUGAUGAACCUGAAGAAGAUGAAACAGUGGUAGCUACGGAAGAAGAUCCAUUUAAUGUUGAUGAACAGUUGUUGUUUGAUACUGAAGUCUUAGAGACAGGGCCAAUAGUGGUUGCUGAAGUUGAUCAAGUUGUGAAUGUUGAAACUCAGAAAGGGAAAGAUAAAGUUGUUGAUGACAUUGAGGGAGAUGAUGUGGAUAAAGACACUACAAGCUCCUCGAGCUCUUCAAACGAAGAAAUAGUAGAUGAAACCGAACGUCGGAAAAGAAGCCAAGAAGAGAUAGAAAAAGAGAAACAACUAAGGAAGAGAAAGAGACAGGAAAAGGACGAUGAUGAUGUUUAUGUGCCUUCUCCAGAACAUGUCUCCGAAUCACAAUCUCCUCCAGGUGGUAGAAAGAAAUCUGGAGCUCGAAAGAAAGUAGUUUCUCCAAAGAUUCGCAAAGUCACACCAAAGAUAUCAAAACCAAAGAUUGUGCUAAAGAAGAAGACAACCAAGGAAACCAGGAAACUACAAACACCAUCACAUGAAAUAACACCACCACAAUCACCAAUCCAAUCACCACCCCGACAACCUACACCACCACAACAAUCUUCACCACCUAAACAACCAACACCACCAAGACAAUCAUCACCACUACAUCAUUCACCACCACCACAACAAACCCUAUUCACCUCACAAGAAAUCUUUCAAACACCUCCACUCACCCAAGGUCAACUAACACCUGGUUCUGUGGGGUUCAGAAACUUUCCAAAUGUUCCUUCAAAUUUGAAUGUGAGUCUUGAUGAUGUUGGAGAUUUUGAUUUCGCAAACACCUCACAAGUCAGGAAUGUUGAAAAGAAGGUUGAUGAAGUGAUUGCUGAGAACAAGAAGCUAGCCGCUGAAAACAAGAAGUCAGAGAUAGACAUCUUGAAGGUGAGAAUUGCUGAGUUGGAAGAAGAAAAGGCUCGACGAGAUGAGCAAAAUGAAUACUUCAAGUUGAAGAAUAAAGAAUUUGAAGCAGCUAAAGCGUUAAGAGAGAGCAGAACGUCAAGCUAA